GAACUCCACUGAAGAACUUUGCCGGGGCUCAUUGUCUGAGCUGUCAGCGCUGAAAGGCCUUUGGGGAGCGUUUGCUAUAAAACCCCAGCUCCGGGGUCCGGGGCAGACACAGCUCAGCCUGGAUCCGGCAGGAGAGACCCCUUUCCUGCACUCUAGGGUAGUGACCGCAGCCGCUAAAGAUGAUGUUCCCGAGCCUCAUAGCCCCCCCGGCCGUGUACCCCAACCUCCUGCGACCUACCCCCACCCUGAGUCUGCCGCAGUCCCUGCGCUCCGCGCUCACCAACCACUCCAGCUUUUUGGUGGAAGAUCUCAUCAGGAUCAGCCGCCCGGCAGCAUUCGUACCUCGGGCUGUGCCGCCGCCGAGCAUGUCGCCGCCAACACCGGACAGCCCCAGCAACAUCGCAGACGGCGUCCCCCCGGAGCUGGCGUCCUCCGGCAGGGGGGGAGCGGCCGCCAACUCUUCCAACAGCCCAACUUACCUAAAGUUUGGAGUCAACGCCAUCCUCUCGUCGAACCCGAGGACAGAGUCGUCGCCGUUGCUGAUUUCCAACGUCCCCCCGAAGACGUUCCCCUUCCCGUACUUUGAAGGAUCCCUGCAGCCGUUCCUGCGCUCCUCCUAUUACCCAGCUUCCUCGUCGGUGGUCCCCAUCCCCGGCACCUUCUCGUGGCCGCUGGCCGCCCGAGGAAAGCCGCGCAGGGGCAUGCUGCGCCGGGCCGUGUUUUCCGACGUUCAGCGCAAGGCCCUGGAAAAGAUGUUUCAGAAGCAGAAAUACAUCAGCAAACCCGACCGCAAGAAACUGGCCGGGAAACUGGGGCUCAAGGACUCUCAGGUGAAGAUCUGGUUCCAGAACCGGAGAAUGAAGUGGAGGAACUGCAAGGAGCGCGAGCUGCUGUCCUCCGGGGGCUGCCGGGAACAGACUCUGCCCAACAAGUUUAACCCUCACCCGGAUCUCAGCGACGUCGGAAAGGGGGGGGAAGAUGCCCCGAGUCGGGGUAACAGCCCUGGACACAGAGCGUCCUACCGGUGCCCCGAUCUCCACCUGCCCCCCUCUCCAUGCGCGUCCAGCAGCCCCAGCAAACCCUCAGACUUCUCCGACUCCGAGGAUGAGGACGGGGCCGGCGAGGAGAUCACCGUGUCGUAGCCUCCCCACUCACACUCACAAGAACUCUGCAAACGUGUAAAAAACACUGACUUUAACCUGGAGAGAUGUCUCCUCGGGGAGCCCGGGCUGUCCGGCGCGGCCCCCCACCUACCCGCCUGUCUGCUUUCUAUACGACGGACACGCUUGCACGGAUCUGCCAGGCGGGGACGGACGGACCGGCCUCUGAUAUUUCUUUUGUGAAUUAUAACUUAUAAAGAAGCAUUUAUUUUGUAUUGUAUAAAUGUACAGAUUUUUAAAUAUGUAUAUAAAUCGGGCAAUUGGGGGCCAAAUAAAGAGUAGAGAUUUUCAUUUUUUAUCACUACA